AUGCGACAACCAGCAAUGCCUAUCCGGUCGCCCUUCGAGUCUUCUAUCGCGAAGCCGGGCCAGGGCACCGUCGUCCUCUCUCUCCUACCGCCUAACAACCCCACCCUCACCACCCUCACCUACAAAUACCCAUUGAAGCUCGUGCCAAGGGGCCCGGGCUUCGUCUCCAGCCCAGAACCGUCUGCGCUGCCGAACUCAUGUCCCUCAAGGCCGGUACACCUCUACCUCCUCACCUACGGCGGCGGCCUGCUCCCCGGUGAUCACAUCGAGGUGUCAAUCCAACUCGAGCCGAGGACCCGAAUGGUGGUGACCACGCCGCAAGGAAGCACCAAGAUCUUCAAAACAGAGCCGGGCAGCGCUAGCGGCAUCAACGUGAUCAAGGGCCAUCGCAAACAGAUGCCCGCCAACCAACAUCUCGCCGACAUGAGUCAGCAAUCGCUGGACGUGCGCAUCGGCCGUCAAUCAGCGCUGUGCUACCUGCCCGACCCAUCGGUCCCCUUCAAGAACAGCCGCUAUGCCCAAGUACAAACGUUUACCGUCGACGCCGCGGCCAAGGGCGACCAGCGCAGCAGUCUUUGCGUUCUGGACUGGGUAACGCAAGGCCGGACGUCGCGCGGCGAGAACUGGAACUUCCGAUUCUGGCGCGGCCGCAACGAAGUCUGGGCCGCCGACGCGAAGACGGGCAAGAAUCGGCUUCUGUUGCGUGACUCAGUCAUUCUGGACGAUGAGACUGAGGACCUCGAUGGCUCGGACGAGGACCUUCACGCCGAGGAUGCCGGUGAAAGCGGACUUAAUAGCCACUCUGGCCGCGCAGACACGCCACCACCGCAGGCCGGCCUGGUGCCCUUAAACGUGAUCCAAGAACGCACACGCCCGCACGGAGUCGUAGGCACGCUGAUCUUGUCGGGCCCGGUGUUCGACAGCCUUGGCUCGUACCUCAUGCACCAGUUCAACUCGCAACCGCGGAUUGGCAGCCGCAAUUGGUCCUCGUCGGCACCCUCGUCGGCGCCGGAGCCAUCGCUCAGCACCAAGGGCGACGUUACUUGGACGGCAGCCCGCGUGCGCGCCGGCUUUGUGCUCGUCAAGUUCGGCGCCAAGGACUUUGAGACGGCCAAGCACUGGCUCGGAGGCCUCCUUCGCGAGGAGGGCAGUAUCGUCCGAGAGUUCGGCGAAGAGGCCCUCUUCUGUCUUUAA